AUGUCUCCAGGUUACCCCAUCGUCGACAUACAUACGCACAUGUACCCGCCGUCGUACAUCAAGCUUCUGGCCUCGCGUACCACGGUCCCCUACAUCCACCAGCCGACCGAAUCCCCCGGCGCGGACCCCAGAUUGAUCAUCCUCGCGUCCGACGACGACCCCGGCCGGCCCAAGUCGGCGCGCGGCCGCCCCGUCGACAGCACGUACAGCUCGUUUGACGAGAAGCGGCGGUUCAUGAGCGCCCACGGCAUCACCUGCAGCGUCAUCAGCCUGGCGAACCCGUGGCUGGACUUCCUCGAUCCGGAGUCGGCGCUGGCCACGGCCCAGGAAAUCAACGACGACCUUGAUAAGGCGUGUGGCGAGAAUAACGCUCAAGCAUCAUCAUCAUCAUCAAGCGAUUCUAAAUUGAAGCUCUACGCUUUCGGCUGCUUGCCUCUGUCGGCGCCUUUGAAGGAUAUCGUCACUGAGAUCCACCGCCUCAAGACCCUGCCUCAGGUCAAAGGCGUCAUCAUGGGCACGACGGGCCUGGGAAGCGGUCUGGAUGACCCGAAACUCGAGGAGGUCUAUUCUGCGCUGGCUGCCACCCACACGCUCGUCUUCGUGCAUCCGCACUAUGGUCUUCCCGACUCGGCUUUUGGUGGGCCCGAGACCAUUGCGAAGUCCGGACAUGUGCUGCCGCUUGCCUUGGGCUUCCCCUUGGAAACCACCAUCGCUAUGGCGAGAAUGUAUCUCGCCGGAGUGUUUGACCGACACCCCGACCUUCAGUUUCUCUUGGCCCAUUCGGGCGGGACUCUACCUUUUUUGGCCGGCCGGAUAGAGUCCUGCGUGGCGCAUGAGCGGGAAUUUAUCGCCAACGGUGGUCACAGGCAAGGUCCGAAACGGUCGAUAUGGGACGUCCUUCAUACCAAUAUCUACCUCGACGCUGUCAUCUACGGCCAACCCGGGCUGAAGGCCGCCAUCGAAGCGGCGGGCAGUGUGGACCGCGUCAUGUUUGGAACAGAUCACCCUUUCUUCCCUCCGCUAGGCGAUGACCAGGAUAGUAAGUGGCUGAGCGUGGAAAGCAACAAAACCGCCAUCGAUGGAUGCUUAGCACAAGAUGAAGAUGCUAAGCGGAAAAUAUUGGGCGGGAAUGCCGUGAGGGUGCUUGGCUUGGAGCUCUGA